GCACAAGCUUUUGAAUACUUGAAAUUCCGAUAAAUUUACACGCGUUGUAGAGCACAGCACCGAUGUACAUUCUGCUAUGCGCAGCCAUCGCUCUUCCCAAAUAAAAUACUGCAUCCUUCGAUACAGCUUCCGGUGAUUCCGACUGUCAGGUCAUGCGGCUUCUGACGCUGUCGCUUCCGUUGCUGUUUAGCAUUCAUUGCUGCGGUGCACUUGACAAUGGUCUCGCUCGAACACCACCAAUGGGCUGGAUGUCGUGGCAGCGCUUUCGAUGCCAGACCAAUUGCGCCCUCUAUCCGGAGGACUGCAUUAGUGAGGCGCUGAUUAAACGCACGGCAAACCGCCUAGUAUCAGAUGGUUGGAAAGACGUUGGUUAUCGUUACCUGAUUAUUGACGAUUGUUGGCAAGCAAUGGAACGGGAUAGAGUCACCGAGCAGAUUGUGGCCGAUCCUACCAGAUUUCCUCACGGAAUUGAAGCUGUCGGUGAAUAUAUUCAUUACAUGGGCUUAUUGUUUGGGAUCUAUCUGGACUAUGGUACCAAGACAUGUGAAGGUUUCCCUGGAAGCAUGGAUUACCUGGAAACGGAUGCAAAAAGUUUGGCCAAAUGGAAAGUGGAUUACGUUAAGGUUGACGGUUGUUACAGCCCGGAGGAACGUAUGCCGCUUGGUUACGAGGAUUUUGGUAAAUAUAUAAACCAAACCGGAAGACCGAUUGUGUACUCGUGUAGUUACCCAGCAUACAUCGGCUGGCAAGCGAAUCACAGCCUCGUUGAAUGGGAAAGAUUGAAAAAGAAUUGCAAUUUGUGGCGAAUGCUCAGCGAUGUGCAAGAUAGUUGGGAUUCCGUGAUGAGCAUUAUCAAUGUAUACAAAGAACACGGGUCACUUUUAACUUCCGUGGCCGGACCUGGCCACUGGAAUGACCCGGAUAUGUUAGUCGUGGGAAAUUAUGGCCUCUCGAAGGAUCAGCAGCGCGUUCAGAUGGGCAUGUGGUGUAUGUUGGCAGCACCAUUGAUUCUUUCGGUAGACCUGGACAAUAUCGAUGAAUUCAGUGCAGAACUUCUGAAGAAUCCACACCUGCUCGCCAUAAACCAAGAUCCGGGAGGUCAUCAGGCCAAACUCGUCAAAGUCAAACAAGAAGUAAUGAUGUGGAGCCGCAAGUUGGACUCAGAACCCCGUACAUGGGCAAUCACCUUCUUAUACACUGUCGGCGGUGGUGGACCUAUUCGCGUGCCAACAACAUUAAACGAAAUGGCAUUGGAUGGUUUAAAUUCAACGCUUGAUAUCUACUUCACCCUGACGGAUGUGUUUGAUGGAUCCGUAUUCGGAAAAGUGAAGAAAGCGGAGAGUUUUUUUGUUCAAGUGAAUCCGAGUGGAUUGGCCAUGUACCAUGUGAGAGGAGAAGAACGUCCACGUUUCGAACAUCUCACUCUGUUGGGGUUCGUGCAUAUUGAAGCCAAUGUAUAGUAAUAUUUUGGUUAAUGGAUGCCAGCUGCUGUCCAACCUUCUUAUGAAAUGUAUUCACAACACUCCACUGGAUAAACCAUUCAUUGUACUUCACACAUAAUUGGUUUUCGAAGAAUACAUUCAAUUGACUCUCAGUUUU